AUGAGUUCCAUCAGGCAAGCAGCAGAGUCCGUUCGGUCAAGGACCUCAGACGUCAUGAACUCCGUCAAGAGAAGUGAGACGGCUGCCAAGGCAUCCGACAUUAUCCACACUCCAUUCAUGAAAGCUGCUCUGCCCUUCAUCAAUGGAGGUAUCAGUGGAAUGGUAGCCACCACCGUAAUCCAGCCAGUCGACAUGGUAAAGGUCCGCAUCCAGCUUGCUGGCGAGGGCACCUCUGGAGGGCCGAAGCCAACCGCAUUAUCUGUCACUCGACAGAUCAUCUCUAGCGGAAAGGCCCUCGACCUGUAUACUGGUCUAUCUGCCGGCCUUCUUCGGCAGGCUGUAUACACAACCGCUCGACUGGGCUUCUUCGACACUUUCAUGGCAAGACUAGCAGAACGGGCAAAAGCUCAGGAUCGAAGCAUCGGCUUCGCAGAUCGCGCAACUGCCGGUUUGGCAGCUGGUGGUUUGGCAGCCAUGCUUGGCAACCCGGCAGAUCUGGCGCUUAUUCGAAUGCAGAGCGAUGGCCUAAAACCUAUUGCAGAGCGAAAGAACUACAAGUCAGUUGUGGACGCACUAGGCUCCAUUGCCAAGGGUGAAGGUAUCGCUGCUCUUUGGGCUGGCGCCGCACCAACUGUAGUUCGUGCCAUGGCUCUCAACUUUGGUCAGCUCGCCUUCUUCAGCGAGGCCAAGGCCCAGAUGAAGAAGAACACGGAUUUGUCUGCCCGAGCCCAGACUCUUAGCGCCAGUGCCAUUGCGGGCUUUUUCGCCAGUUUUUUCAGUCUCCCAUUCGACUUUGUCAAGACGAGAUUGCAGAAGCAACAGAAGGGUCCCGACGGCAAGCUUCCUUAUAAGAGCAUGGCUGAUUGCUUCACCAAGGUAGCUAGACAGGAGGGCGUCUUGAGGUUUUACCGAGGAUUUGGAACGUACUAUGUCCGCAUUGCCCCUCAUGCGAUGGUAACACUCAUCGUUGCUGAUUAUUUGGGCUGGUUGACAAAAUAA